AUGCAGUUGAGAAAGUUCUUGCUUCUGGGCAUGCUCCUCGGCGUUGAAGCCACCAAGCUUGUUGGUCGUCAAGACACUGGCUCCGACAGCUCUGCCGCCGCCGCGCCCUCGACCGAUUCCUCUCCCGCAUCUACUGCUGAUGCCGACCCUUCGCCAACUGACGAUGCCGCGACCACUGCUGCCGACCCUACCACCGCCGCCGAACCCACUGACGAUGCCACCACUGCUGCUGAUCCAACAACUGAUGACACUACCGACUCUACGACCUCAGCUGAGGAUGUUACCGUCACAAAGACGGUUACUGUAACGGAUUCCGACGCCAAGACUGUGAGCCGCGCGACUACUGUGAUGAAACACAUCACCUCCACUGUUGUUGUUACCUCUACCGUUUUCGAGACCAAGACUGUUACUAGCAGCGACGCCGAGACUGCGACCGAGACGGAAUUUGUGACUUCUACCCAGUGGGCCAACGAGAAGCGUGCUCUUGACCUAGCUCCCCGAACUAUCGGCGGCGCUGAACUCGUCGCUCCUGCCGCGCCUACUGUUUCUUCUGUUCCUCACGACUUCCACAUCGAAAUCCGUGGUGAUCAGUACGGUCUCCGUGCCUUCCGACGAGGCCUUCACAAGCGUGCCACUACCACCGAGACCGUUACUGUUACCGAGGGUGAUGAUUCCGGCACUACCGUCUUCAACACUAUCGCCCGAACCGUCAUCUCUACCAUCAGCAGUCAAACCAAGGUCACCAAGACCCUUACCAAGACCGCACAGGAAGGUGCUAGCACCACCAUCACUACUACGAGCACCGUUGUUAUUACCUCUACUAGAGUGACGACUGGAGUUGUUCGCACAGCGACUGUUGCUCCUUCAGGAGAGUAUGGCCCUGCUGGUACCGGCGGCGCCAGCUCUGAUGAUAGCAACAACAGUAGCAACAGCAACGAUGAUGGCGGGCUCUCUACCGGCGCCAAGGCUGGUAUCGGUGCUGGCGCUGGUGUUGGUGGCCUUCUUAUUAUUGGAGGUCUAAUUUACUUCUGCCUUCGUAAGCGUCGCAAUGCUAAGAACAAGGCUGAAUACGACGAUGUCUUUGGUGCAUCUGAGGUUCCUGUCGGUGGCCGAGGCGGCGGCGGCGCUGCUGCCGCUGUCGGUACCAACCCCCACAUGUCCCAGACUUCCCCCGCUGCCACCUCUACUCUUGCUCCUAGCCGCAACACUACCCAGUCCGAGGGCUACCGCGGUACUGCUCUCGGUGACGGGCGUGCUGGAUUCGCCAAGCCCCAGCAGUUCGGACGUAGCUACAUGGCCGUUAGCCCCGAGACCAACUACUCCCGCACUGCCGGCAGCGACCAGGCCUUCUCAGCCGUCACCCCUGAGAACAACUACGCUCACCCUGCUGGACACUCGCCGCACAACAACGCUGCCGAGAUGUACAGCCCCGCCAACACAGCAGAGCUUGCAAGCGACAGCGCUGCUACCAAGUGGCAUCAAAAUGAUGCUGCUGAGAUCGAUGGAAACCAGGUCGCAAGCGCUCGCGGUUCAGCACCACCUGAGAAUGUUUAUGAGAUGCCGGCGCAACCCUACCGGUAA